AUGUCAUCAAUCACUUAUAACAAUAACCAACUACCCAUACAACAACCAACUGCACCACCGUCAAGAUAUAUGAAUCAACGUCGUCGUUGUGGUGUUUUUGGGGGCAAUCAAUCUAAUUUUUGGGGCAAUCAAUCUAAUGUUGGGGGCAAUCAAUCUAAUUUUUGGGGCAAUCAAUCUAAUGUUGGGGGCAAUCAAUCUAAUUUUGGGAGCAAUCAAUCUAAUGUUGGAGGCAAUCAAUCGAAUUUUAGGGACAAUCAACCGAAUUUUAGGGACAAUCAACCGAAUUUUGGGGACCAUCAACAGAAUUUUGGAUACAACCAAUAUUAUUAUAGGGGCAAUAGACCCAACUUUCGCAAUAAUCAAUUUAAUUAUCGAAAUUAUCAAAAUUAUCAAAAUACAAAUGGAAGUUUCUAUCCUCGAAAUUUUUAUCGUCCAAAUGUCUUCUAUAAUCAAAAUUAUCAACAACAACGUUAUUUUAAUAGGUAUAACAAUAAUGGUUAUAGUCGUAUAAAUCGACCACUAGGAAGAUUUCAAGAAAGACAAAUUAGUCAAAAUCGGCCAGGAAGUCGUUCAAAUCAACAAAGGAGUCGUUCGAAUCAACAACGACAACAAGGAAGUCUAAUAAGACAACAACGUCAACAUCUUCCGCGGCAGUUAAAACUCAAUGAUUUUAUGCCAAUAGAGUUACGUGAACGUUCAACUAGUCCUGGAACUCUUCCAACUGAAUUUAAUUUAAAUGCACCACCAGAUGCAUUACCACAACGUCAAAUUUUUAAUACAACAGCUACAACAACAAAUAACACUACACAGCCAUUUGUAGUAAAUCAAAAUGAUCAAAAUUGGCAACAGCAACAGCAAAAUCGACAAACAACAAUUGCACCAUUUAGACGGCGUCAACGUCGAAAUCAACAAAGGCAAUAUCGUCAAACUAGAGGUGUAGAUAAUAAUCGAUUUAGUGCUCUAGCUGAUGUACAAGAUAUUGGGCCAGAUGAAAUUGAUUUAACAAAUGAAGAACCAAUACAAAAUAAUAAUAUUAAUAAUAAUAAUAAAAAAUCAAAAAAGUCACGCCUUUAUCUUGAACCAAAUCGAUUAUUAAAAUGGUUUGAAGAUAAAUUUUCAAAAAAUCCACAAAAAAAUCCAUUAAGUGGUCGUGGUAAUCAAGCUUAUUUAUUAGCUACUGCACCUAUAUAUGAUGAAUGGGUCAGAAAUAAUUACGAAUUACAAGUCUGGCAGGCAUAUUUUAAAAUGGGCACAGAACAAAAACAUUGGGCUAAAGAAGUCGUACAACGUACAAAAAAACGUGAUAAUAUAAUAAAUACUCGUUUUGUACAAAAGAAAAUUAACCGACUAACACAAAAUAUUACCGAAGCUAGUGCCAUUAUUUCCGAUUUACAAAUCCAAUUAACAACAUAUUGGACACAAGUAAAUGCGGAAAAAUUAGUUUCAACAAUAGCUGAUGUUACAGCAAACAUUGUUGUUGAAAAAAUUAAUAAGACAACUACAACAACAACAAGUCCAACAACAGCCCCAUCAACAGUAAAUCCACCUAUAAAAAAUCAAAUUCGUGAACCUAUAGAUCGGUUAGAAAAUUAUAUUUUAGAAUAUAUUCAUACACAUAGUCAACAUAUAAAGAAAUUCGCUGAAACAAAGGUUCAAUUGGCCAAAGUACAAUUUGAUGAAUUUAAAGCUCUAGAAGAGUUUGAACAAAUAGCUACUCCAGCACAAUGGAAUAUGCAUUUAGUUUUAAAACCAAAAAUAAAACUUUGGUCAACUAAAAACAAAAAUUAUCUUACUGCAGUCAAACGUGUUGAAUACGAUUUGCCUCCAAAAUUUAUUGAAAAAUUAGAUUUCUCAUUUAAAAUUGAUGAAUCAAUUAUAAAUCAAGAUGAAGCUCAAACGAUAUAUAAUCAAAUGCGCCAAAUUAUUAAAGAUUGUCGAACACAAGCAAUGACAUUGUAUGUACAAGCAUCAGCUCGAGAAAAUGAAUUAUUAUCAAAUGAAAUUAAACGUAUUAUUGAAGGCUUUCCACAAGAUAAUGAUGAUGGUUUUGAUGCUGAACCUGGUUAUGCAGCAUUUAAACAUUAUUAUAAUUUACGUGAAAAACGAUUAAAUUUUGAAGCUGAACAAUCGAUUCAUUUUUUAUCCGAACAGCAAGUCGAGGGCAAUCCAAACGAUCUAGAGCAAGAAAUAACCAUAAUCAAUGAAGCAAAUAUUCGAUUAACCGAGGAUGAAUAUCAACUACUAAAAUUAGGUCCUCGGUUUAUAUACAAUGAUCCAAAAACGGCAUCUCGACGGCGUACAAUCGAAUUAAAUACUCUUAAGCGAAAAAUAGAAACUCGAUUCUUUGAAAAGAAGGUAAAGCCCGGUCGUCCAGUCGAACAAUUUAUUGCCGAAAUAGAUACAGUGCUUCAAAGAUUACAUAAUAUACCAAAAAUAAAUCAGCAUAAAAAAGAUAAAGAAAUAAAUACCGUAUCAUAUGAUAAUUUAGAAUCUGCUAUACAAUCAAGUCAAUCUCAAAAUAUUCAGAUUAAUAAUAUAACGAAGAAGAAAAAUUAUAACCGAUUAAUUAAAAGAUUAAAAUAUAAAUUAAAAUUAACUAAUACAAUCCUACGAAAAUCGGACAAAUCAAAAGUAUUCCAUUUGGGUAAAUCUGAAGAUUAUCGCAAAAAGUCUGACAAAUACAUGGCAAAAACCCAAGCAUAUAAAUGCUUAGGAAUAAAUGAUCCAUUGCCAGAUUUAAUUAAAAGAACCAAUAAAUAUCUAUUGGAAUUGCGAUUAGCUAAAUGGAUUACUCAAAAACAAUAUGAAAAAUUAUGUAUUAAUCCAAAUGAGCUUGAACUUGCACAUUUAUAUUAUUUACCAAAAGCUCAUAAGCCAGGUACUCCUCUUCGUCCAAUUAUUUCUGGUCUUAAACAUCCUACAGUUAAAAUUUCAAAAUUUCUUGAUAAAUUACUAAGACCGCUAUUCGAUAAAAUGGCUUCAAAAACAUCUGUAACUUCUGGUUUUGAAUUACUAAAGCAAUUACUGGAAUGGUCAAAAAUAAAUUUACACCAGGAAACAAUAUUCUGUACAAUGGAUGUUACAGACCUUUAUACAAUGGUACCACAGACGGAAGGUGUAUUGUCAUUAAAGAAAAUGAUGGAUUAUUUUAAAUUAAAACAAAUUGGUGGUUUAAGUAUUGAGACAAUUAUUCGAUUGAGUCGAUUUGUUAUGCAAAAUAAUUAUUUUUCUUAUAAUGGCCAAUAUUAUCAUCAAAUACGUGGAGGAGCAAAGGGGUCUCCUCUUACUUUAACUAUUGCAAACUGUUAUAUGUUCUUUUAUGAACAACAAAUUAUAAAGCAAAUUAACAAUAGUGGUGGCUUAUAUUUCCGAUAUAUUGAUGACAUAUUUAUAGCAAUUAAUUGGCCUACUCGCCAUUUAUUUAAACAGAUCGACAGAUGGAAUCAUUUUGAUGAAAAUAUUAAAUUAUUAGAAAAUAUAGGUUCUAUGGCAGAUUUCUUAGAUUUACAUAUAGAAAAUCAAGAUGGUCAAUUAUUUACUACUAUUUACCAAAAACCAUCAUAUAAGCCAUAUUACUUACCAUUUAAUAGUAUUCACCCUUUACAUAUGAAAAAGAAUAUAGUAUUUACCAUGUUACUUCGGGCUAUCCGAUAUUGUUCAACUUUUCAAUCCUACUUAGAUGAACGCGAAAAGUUACGGAUAGCAUUACUAUUAAACAAAUAUCCAAAUAAAUUUAUAGAUGAGCAAUUUAAAAAUGUUUAUUUAAAAAAAUGUAAUAUUGAUCAGCCUUUAAAUCAUAAUAAUUAUAAUAUGUAUCGUCAAAAAGUUAUUAACACUGUUAUAAAACAAAAAGUACCCAUAGAUUACAGAAGAUCAAUAUUUAUUCAUUUUACUUAUUGUUCAAGUAUGAAAACCUUUCCAAUAAAAUUUCAUACUCUCUGGAAUAAAUAUUUUGGAGAAUCUCCAAUUAAUGAAAUUACAUCUAUUCUUGGUACAAGAAAUGUCAACAAUCUUCAAAGAAGAUUGAUACAUAAAUCAAAAUUAACUAGUACAAUAUUGCAAAAGUCAGACAGAUCGAAAGUAUUUCAUUUAGGUAAAUUAGAAGAUUAUCACAAAAAAUCCGAAGAGUAUAAGGCUAAAAUCCAAGCUUAUAAAUGCUUAGGUACAAAUGAUCCAUUACCGGAUUUAAUUAAAUGUAAAAAUAAAUAUUUAUUAGAUUUAAGAUUAGCUAAAUGGAUUACUCAAAAACAAUAUGCAAAAUUAUCUAUUAAUCCAAAUGAAGUUGAACUAGCCCAUCUAUAUUACUUGCCAAAGACGCAUAAAACCGGUACUCCUCUCCGUCCAAUAGUCUCUGGUCUCAAGCAUCCUACAGUUAAAAUAUCAAAAUUCCUUGGUGAAUUAUUAAGACCAUUAUUUAAUAAAAUGGCUGCGAAAACAACUGUAACUUCUGGCUUUGAAUUAGCCAAACAUUUGCAACAAUGGUCGAAAACUGAUAUGCGUCCAGAAACUUUGUUUUGUACAAUUGAUGUAACAGAUCUUUAUACUAUGGCAUCACAAAUUGAAGGAGUACUCGCUUUAAAGAAAAUGUUAGAUUAUUUAAAAUAA